CGCCAAUGACAAGAUGGCCACGGAGCGUUAGGGGAAUCGUUCUACUCUUCUAGCUACAGUGAAAUAAUAUUUUGUGCAUUCUAUAAAAAUGGGUUUAUCACAAAGCACCGGUGUGUCGGAAGGAGGAACAGAUGGAUACCACGUGCACGGGGUAAUAAUGCGUCUUUAUUUUAUUGCACGUUUUUUAUGAUGCAGCGUGUAGUUCUUGACCGCAGUUCUUUGAAAGGCGAAUUUACAGUAGUAUCCAGAAGGCAUAAGUGGUGUAGUAGCCAGAUAAGGCCAGCCGAAAGCUGAUGAGGUGGCACUUAGCUAGCUACCUCUUUGGCGCACGACAACACAUCGACAUCACAUUGAUUUACGAGCUAGAACAAUCGAUCAUAAUAACUCUGUGCAUAGUGCAUAGACUGUUUACGAUCGCUUUCUCUUUUUUUAUGAAUGAACACCAGGUGCGCUAGCUACAAUGUAACAAAACUUAAACCAGUCGAAGUCGAUGUAGCUAUUGUAGAUAAUAGGCCUAGUGGUGACAAAUGACAACAUUUACACAUUUUCAUGCAUGCAUUUACAUAAUAAAUGUGUAUAGCUACACGAGUUAGCUAGAUAGUAGCUUAGUAAACUCAACUCCAUAUAUGAAGUUGAGUUUACUAAUCUAGAUAGCUACCUACUGUAUUUGGGCCAGGACGUUCGCCUGAGAGGAACAUUUAUGUAACCGUUCAAAUUCUGUCGCUGCCUCUGUGACUGCUGCCAUCUGCAGAAGCCCAAUGUUGCAAAACAGCAUAGCUGGAAUACAUACAAUGCUGCAAAACACAACACAACUUAAUUGAACCAGUACAUAGAUUAUACACAAUCAUUUCGCUACACCCGCAAUAACACCUGCUAAAUAUGUGUACGUGACCAAUAAAAUAAAAUCUGAUUUGAUUUAUUGAUCAACAACACCAUCUGAUGUUAGUAUACUCAAGACCAAUGUUAUUGUUUUUCUACAUGCCUGUACAUUUUGUACCGGAAAUGUACAUUAAUACUGUAUGGCCUAAAUCACAUUCUAGAGGUGUGGAACUAUGGUAUAGGCUAUAUGUAAUAACCAGUAAUGACAGUGAUAGUGAUGAUAACAUUAAGGACCUAUGCAUCAUAGCAAAACAUUGGAUUCAAUGGUUGUGUUUUGUCUUCCUAUGUCCACGUGGUAAACUGAUAGGUGCAGGAGAAUUCCCCUGCAGAAAAAGCUGGUUUGGAGCCAUUCUUUGACUUCAUCCUCUCUCUGGGAGACCACAGACUGGUGAGUUAGUCAGAUUCAUCCUCUCUCUAGGAGACCACAGACUGGUGAGUUAGUCAGAAUCAUCCCCUCUCUAGGAGACCACAGACUGGUGAGUUAGUCAGAUUCAUCCUCUCUCUAGGAGACCACAGACUGGUGAGUUAGUCAGAUUCAUCCUCUCUCUAGGAGACCACAGACUGGUGAGUUAGUCAGAUUCAUCCUCUCUAUAGGAGACCACAGACUGGUGAGUUAGUCAGAUUCAUCCUCUCUCUAGGAGACCACAGACUGGUGAGUUAGUCAGAUUCAUCCUCUCUCUAGGAGACCACAGACUGGUGAGUUAGUCAGAUUCAUCCUCUCUCUAGGAGACCACAGACUGGUGAGUUAGUCAGAUUCAUCCUCUCUCUAGGAGACCACAGACUGGUGAGUUAGUCAGAUUCAUCCUCUCUCUAGGAGACCACAGACUGGUGAGUUAGUCAGAUUCAUCCUCUCUCUAGGAGACCACAGACUGGUGAGUUAGUCAGAUUCAUCCUCUCUCUAGGAGACCACAGACUGGUGAGUUAGUCAGAUUCAUCCUCUCUCUGGGAGACCACAGACUGGUGAGUUAGUCAGAUUCAUCCUCUCUCUAGGAGACCACAGACUGGUGAGUUAGUCAGAUUCAUCCUCUCUCUAGGAGACCACAGACUGGUGAGUUAGUCAGAUUCAUCCUCUCUCUAGGAGACCACAGACUGGUGAGUUAGUCAGAUUAAUCCUCUCUCUGGGAGACCACAGACUGGUGAGUUAGUCAGAUUCAUCCUCUCUCUAGGAGACCACAGACUGGUGAGUUAGUCAGAUUCAUCCUCUCUCUAUGAGACCACAGACUGGUGAGUUAGUCAGAUUCAUCCUCUCUCUAGGAGACCACAGACUGGUGAGUUAGUCAGAUUCAUCCUCUCUCUGGGAGACCACAGACUGGUGAGUUAGUCAGAUUCAUCCUCUCUCUAGGAGACCACAGACUGGUGAGUUAGUCAGAUUCAUCCUCUCUCUAGGAGACCACAGACUGGUGAGUUAGUCAGAUUCAUCCUCUCUCUGGGAGACCACAGACUGGUGAGUUAGUCAGAUUCAUCCCCUCUCUAGGAGACCACAGACUGGUGAGUUAGUCAGAUUCAUCCUCUCUCUAGGAGACCACAGACUGGUGAGUUAGUCAGAUUCAUCCUCUCUCUAGGAGACCACAGACUGGUGAGUUAGUCAGAUUCAUCCUCUCUCUAGGAGACCACAGACUGGUGAGUUAGUCAGAGCAUUGUGAUACCAUCUUAUUUAUUUAUUUUGCAGACCUUGGAUUAAUAUAAAAUAGAUCUUAGAUACUCUGUUCCAUCCAUCCAUCCAUCCAUCCAUCCAUCCAUCCAUCCAUCCAUCCAUAUUUUAUCUAUCACACACGACCCCCACCCAUGUAUUGCACACUUACAACAUAUUUACAACUGACAAACUAACUUGUGUCCAGAACCAGGAGAAUGACACGCUAAAGGACCUUCUGAAGGCUAACGUGGAGAAGGCGGUGAUGAUGGAGGUGUACAGCACCAAGACCAUGAAGCUGAGGGAGGUGGAGGUGGUGCCCAGUAACAUGUGGGGAGGACAGGGCCUGCUGGGGGCCUCUGUCAGGUUCUGUAGCUACCAGGGAGCCAACGAGAACGUCUGGCAUGUGCUGGUGAGGACUUACCUGGCUGUCGAUGAGGCUAUGAUUAGCUAGUAGUAGAUAACAUACGCGCCACUACAAUUUCUACAACUAGUUAUAGUUUUAUCUGUGGUGUGAUCAGUCGUGUGUCUGUCUGUGGGGAGAUCCUAAGAUGUUGUUUGACAUCAUGCUAUUCUGUGUGUUUAUUUUCCCUAUAGGAUGUGGAUGUUAACUCACCGGCUGCGUUGGCCAGCCUUCAGGCCCACAGUGACUUCAUCGUCGGAGCAGACCAGGUGUUGCAGGAUGUAAGCUUCAUUAUUGUCAUUCACGUUCUUCUUCUUAACGUUUUAAGGUUGUUAACUAAGAUGACUAGAUUGUUGCCUUUAAUUUAGUGGGAAAAUAACCCAUUGCAAUAAACAUGGGCACUGUAAUCUCGGUGUCUAUCCUCAGUCGGAGGAUUUCUUUUCCCUGAUUGAGGCCCACGAGGGGAAACCUCUGAAGCUGCUAAUCUACAACACAGAGACGGAUGCCUGCAGAGAGGUGGUGGUCACACCCAACGGGGCCUGGGGAGGAGAGGGGAGGUGAGUGGGCUGAGCCUUAUCUGGGGUUUACCUUGACCAUACCUGGGGAGGAGAGGGGAGGUGAGUGGGCCACUGGGUCUUAUCUGGGCUCUCUCUCUCUCUGAGGUUAUUCUGUACUGCCUAAAUGCCAAGGCUCUGAAACAGCAGCAGACUAACUGAUAUUUGUUGUUUUUAGUUUGGGUUGUGGUAUCGGAUACGGCUACUUGCACAGGAUCCCGACCACGUUUCCCUCUCUACCUGAAGAUGGCACCACACCAGAGAUACCCACCAAUGGAUACGAAGAGGUAUGGAUGGGUUCGUUGUGUUUCACUACAACUACAAUUAUAGGAAUAAGACAGAGGGAAUGCCACUAUGCCAGUCACUUGUACAGUAAUAACACAUGAACCUACAGGCCUCCUAGUGACAAGGCUGACCGUUACCCCAUUACAAGGCUAUCAUACAUGCUUAUGACAAGUCUUGCAAUGCAUUAUAAUACAUCAUAAUGCACUCUACCUAUCUGCAAUAUUAAAUGUCUACAGAUGACAACAGUAAACAUGUUGUCUGUUCGUCUGUCCUCCUUCCCCAGUGACAAUUAUUAAAUCUUAUGUUGCGUUGUAUUCAUGAGAGGGGGAGAAAGAGCCGAUCAAGGUCCUUAUGGGGAAACUUGUUUCUGAUGACGAGAUGCAUACACUGAGUGUACCAAACAUUUAAGAAGACCUUCCUAAUAUUGAGUUGCACCCUCCCAUUUGCCCUCAGAACAGACUCAAUUAAUCGGUGCAUGGACUCUACAAGGUGUCAAGCGUUCCACAGGGAUGCUGGCCCAUGUUGACUCCAAUGCUUCUCACAGUUGGGUACAAGUUGGCUGGAUGUCCUUUGGGUGGUGGACCAUUCUUGAUACACACGGGAAACUGUUGAGCGUGAAAAACCCAGCAGCGUUGCAGUUCUUGACACAAACCUGGCACCUACUAUCAUACCCUGUUCAAAGGCACUUCAAUAUUUUGUCUUGCCCAUUCACCCUCUGAAUGGCACACAUACACACUCCAUGUCUCAAGGCUUAAAAAUCCUUCUUUAACCUGUCUCCUCCCCUUCAUCUACACUGAUUGAAGUGGAUUUAACAGGUGACAUCAAUAAGGGAUCAUAGCUUUCACCUGGUCAGUCUGUCAUGUUUUGUACUCAGUGUAUAUGUAGAAAACGAGAUGACUGUAGCUCAAACAGGACAGGAGAUAUGCUUGUUCAAAGUUUGGAAUUGCAGUAGAUUCCGUCCCCCUUGGGCCAAUCAGUGUAAUUUUGUAAAUGCCGGAUCUCUAUGGCAAGAUGCACCAUUCACCCAAGUUUCGUCAAAAUCGGCCCUGUGGUGUCUGAGAUAUCGCGUGUGACUAACGAACGGACGGAGACAGAUCCAUAGUCCACCUAUGAUUUCAUCUGGCUAAACCAGGCAAAUUUACACAAAUGUUAAUUGAUGUGCAUUGCCCCUGUCAAAUAAAUGAAUGAAUGAAUAAAUCAACUGUUAUCGGUUGUUGCUGUGUGAUCCCCAGGCGUCUCUGAUGGUGGGUCAGUCCGGCCCACGCCUGGGACAGGGAGCAGAGAUAACAGACCGACAAAACACACUGGCACAGAUCACUCUGCAAGAGGAUGACAGUCCUCUACCUCCACCCAUACAGGGAGUCAUGGAUCCAGGUGGGUUGACUGAUUGGUUGGUUACAGGGAGUCAUGGAUCCAGGUGGGUUGACUGAUUGGUUGGUUACAGAGAGUCAUGGAUCCAGGUGGGUUGACUGAUUGGUUGCUUACAGGGAGUCAUGGAUCCAGGUGGGUUGACUGAUUGGUUGGUUACAGGGAGUCAUGGAUCCAGGUGGGUUGACUGAUUGGUUGGUUACAGGGAGUCAUGGAUCCAGGUGGGUUGACUGAUUGGUUGGUUACAGGGAGUCAUGGAUACAGGUGGGUUGACUGAUUGGUUGGUUACAGGGAGUCAUGGAUCCAGGUGGGUUGACUGAUUGGUUGGUUACAGGGAGUCAUGGAUCCAGGUGGGUUGACUGAUUGGUUGGUUACAGGGAGUCAUGGAUCCAGGUGGGUUGACUGAUUGGUUGGUUACAGGGAGUCAUGGAUCCAGGUAGGUUGACUGAUUGGUUGGUUACAGGGAGUCAUGGAUCCAGGUGGGUUGACUGAUGUGUUGGUUACAGGGAGUCAUGGAUCCAGGUGGGUUGACUGAUUGGUUGGUUACAGGGAGUCAUGGAUCCAGGUGGGUUGACUGAUUGGUUGGUUACAGGGAGUCAUGGAUCCAGGUGGGUUGACUGAUUGGUUGGUUACAGGGAGUCAUGGAUCCAGGUGGUUUGACUGAUUGGUUGGUUACAGGGAAUCAUGGAUCCAGUUGGGUUGACUGAUUGGUUGGUUACAGGGAGUCAUGGAUCCAGGUGGGUUGACUGAUUGGUUGGUUACAGGGAGUCAUGGAUCCAGGUGGGUUGACUGAUUGGUUGGUUACAGGGAGUCAUGGAUCCAGGUAGGUUGACUGAUUGGUUGGUUACAGGGAGUCAUGGAUCCAGGUGGGUUGACUGAUUGGUUGGUUACAGGGAGUCAUGGAUCCAGGUGGGUUGACUGAUUGGUUGGUUACAGAGAGUCAUGGAUACAGGUGGGUUGACUGAUUGGUUGGUUACAGGGAGUCAUGGAUCCAGGUGGGUUGACUGAUUGGUUGGUUACAGGGAGUCAUGGAUCCAGGUGGGUUGACUGAUUGGUUGGUUACAGGGAAUCAUGGAUCCAGUUGGGUUUGACUGAUUGGUUGGUUACAGGGAGUCAUGGAUCCAGGUCGGUUGACUGAUUGGUUGGUUACAGGGAGUCAUGGAUCCAGGUGGGUUGACUGAUUGGUUGGUUACAGGGAGUCAUGGAUCCAGGUAGGUUGACUGAUUGGUUGGUUACAGGGAGUCAUGGAUCCAGGUGGGUUGACUGAUUGGUUGGUUACAGGGAGUCAUGGAUCCAGGUGGGUUGACUGACUGGUUGAUUACAGAGAGUCAUGGAUACAGGUGGGUUGACUGAUUGGUUGGUUACAGGGAGUCAUGGAUCCAGGUGGGUUGACUUUGGUUGGUUACAGUGAGUCAUGGAUCCUGAUUGGUUAGUUACAGGGAGUCAUGGAUCCAGGUGGGUUGACUGAUGUGUUGGUUACAGGGAGUCAUGGAUCCAGGUGGGUUGACUGAUUGGUUGGUUACAGGGAAUCAUGGAUCCAGGUGGGUUGACUAAUUGGUUGGUUACAGGGAGUCAUGGAUCCAGGUGGGUUGACUGAUUGGUUGGUUACAGGGAGUCAUGGAUCCAGGUAGGUUGACUGAUUGGUUGGUUACAGGGAGUCAUGGAUCCAGGUGGGUUGACUGAUUGGUUGGUUACAGGUAGUCAUGGAUCCAGGUGGGUUGACUGAUUGGUUGCUUACAGGGAGUCAUGGAUCCAGGUGGGUUGACUGAUUGGUUGGUUACAGGGAGUCAUGGAUCCAGGUGGGUUGACUGAUUGGUUGGUUACAGGUAGUCAUGGAUCCAGGUGGGUUGACUGAUUGGUUGGUUACAGAGAGUCAUGGAUCCAGGUGGGUUGACUGAUUGGUUGGUUACAGGGAGUCAUGGAUCCAGGUGGGUUGACUGAUUGGUUGGUUACAGUGAGUCAUGGAUCCAGGUGGGUUGACUUUGGUUGGUUACAGUGAGUCAUGGAUCCUGAUUGGUUAGUUACAGGGAGUCAUGGAUCCAGGUGGGUUGACUGAUUGGUUGGUUACAGGGAGUCAUGGAUCCAGGUGGGUUGACUUUGGUUGGUUACAGUGAGUCAUGGAUCCUGAUUGGUUAGUUACAGGGAGUCAUGGAUCCAGGUGGGUUGACUGAUUGGUUGGUUACAGGGAGUCAUGGAUCCAGGUGGGUUGACUGAUUGGUUGGUUACAGGGAGUCAUGGAUCCAGGUGGGUUGACUUUGGUUGGUUACAGUGAGUCAUGGAUCCUGAUUGGUUAGUUACAGGGAGUCAUGGAUCCAGGUGGGUUGACUGAUUGGUUGGUUACAGUGAGUCAUGGAUCCUGAUUGGUUAGUUACAGGGAGUCAUGGAUCCAGGUGGGUUGACUGAUUGGUUGGUUACAGGGAGUAUGGAUCCAGGUGGGUGACUUUGGUGGUUACAGUGAGUCAUGGAUCCUGAUUGGUUAGUUAAGGGAGUCAUGGAUCCAGGUGGGUUGACUGAUUGGUUGGUUACAGGGAGUCAUGGAUCAGGUGGGUUGACUUUGGUUGGUUACAGUGAGUCAUGGAUCCUGAUUGGUUAGUUACAGGGAGUCAUGGAUCCAGGUGGGUUGACUGAUUGGUUGGUUACAGGUAGUCAUGGAUCCAGGUGGGUUGACUGAUUGGUUGGUUACAGGGAGUCAUGGAUCCAGGUGGGUUGACUGAUUGGUUGGUUACAGGGAGUCAUGGAUCCAGGUGGGUUGACUGAUUAGUUGGUUGAUUUUGGUUAAUUGAUUUAUUAGGGGGUGCGUUCGUAAAUACGCUCUGGCUGUCUACUCUCUCCUCUGUGUGUCAGAGCGCAGAAUAACAGAUGAAUUUAUGAACGCUCAUCACCCGUUGAAUAUGGCCGGUGUCAGUAAACGUCAGCAAAAUAUAGUAAUUCAAUUGUUGCCAGCAGCACAGUUACAGUCACCAACUCACUGGAUAACAUGAAAACAGCCUAACCAGCUCUGCUAGGGUAAGUAAAAUGGUCAGAGUGAGGUGUUCUCUCAUUUGUGUCUGGAAGUAGCUAGCAAGCUAGCCAAUGUUAACCAGUUAGCUUGGGUGCUUGACUGCCGUUGUGAGGUCUGAACGCUUGGAUCAACCCUACUCCUCGGCCAGAGCGUCCAGUGUGCCCUCUGAACGCGCCGAGAGCAAAAUGCUCUGAAUUUACUAAUGGACAACCUGACAAUGCUCUGAAUUUACGAACACCCAGAGCGCACUCUGACACUCCAGAGUGAAUUUACAAACGCACCAUAGAUCAUUAUAAAAACACAUAUUCAGUCAACACAUAUAAAGCCAUAAAUGAAAUAGCAGUUCAUUAAAAUGUUUGUCUAUUUUUCUGGGGGGGGGGGGAUCCUUAUAUUAACGAGUGUUUUAGCAAUAGCUACUCUUCCUUGGGUCAGCACAGCACAACACAAUCAUACACACAGACAGAAACAAAGACUCUGAUUACUCUGUUUGUCUUUACUGUUUCAUCUUCCAUGACCUCUGACCAUGUUUGCUUUGUUUGGCCCUUUAACUAAUGAAUCUGUCUUUCUGUGUUCCUGGUUUCUGAGGUUAGGUUCUGAAUCUGUCUUUCUGUGUUCCUGGAUUCUGAGGUUAGGUUCUGAAUCUGUCUUUCUGUGUUCCUGGAUUCUGAGGUUAGGUUCUGAAUCUGUCUUUCUGUGUUCCUGGUUUCUGAGGUUAGGUUCUGAAUCUGUCUUUCUGUGUUCCUGGUUUCUGAGGUUCGAUUCUGAAUCUGUCUUUCUGUGUUCCUGGUUUCUGAGGUUAGGUUCUGAAUCGGUCUUUCUGUGUUCCUGGUUACUGAGGUUAGGUUCUGAAUCUGUGAGACUGUUCUAUUGAUGCAGUCUCUGUGUCGUUGACUUUUCCUUUCAUCUUUAACUACCUCUGUGCACUGCCAAUGUUUGCCUUUUCGCCUGGUAAGAAAGUGAACCUUUAGGUUCUAAAUCAGUGUCUCUGUGUUCCUCCAGGCUUCUCUGAGUCUGAGGUGGCUAUGAUGACCCCUGACCCAUCAGAAGACAUGGCUGAUCGGCUGGACCUGUCUGUCUCGUCCAUCGACAUGACCGGCACCUCUCUGGCCGUGCACGAGGAUGUGCACGAGGAAAAGGACAACGACAACCUCUCCGGCAUCGGUAAGUUAGCAAUAACAUCUGUUGUUUUGGUAGUGUUUGUAUUUUCAAUUGGUUGCCGUGUCAUAACAAGACAUACUGUUGUUGAUAUUUAUUAUCACAAUGUGAAACGAUAGACCCUUAUCAGUCAAACACUAUUUUUCAUACUGCUGCAACCAAUUUGUCCAACAAUGAAUCUCCGUAGUCCCGACAUUGACUGUCUCUCCUCUCUGUUCGUACAGAAGAGCUGGGUGACAGUGAGAUUCCUGAGAAGCCACCAGAGAACCAGAUGGAGACUGAACCUCAGGAGUCUCUUAUCCUGCCCACCGAAUCACAAGACCUAAUGUCCGAAUCCGCUGGAUCCCCUGACACAGUUGUGGAGGCUCCAUUUGCCCCUCCUCUUGCUGAUGCUGAAGCCUCUCUCCCAGACCCAGACGUCACCUCCUUCUCCCCCUCCCCUCCCCCAGGACCAGCCUUCCCCAGGACCAGCUCCAGCCAGAGCCCCUGGCCGACCUCCUGCUUCAGCCCCAGGUCAGUGACCUCUUGGUGGGGGACUCUCUCACUCAAGAGGACGUCACAUUGGAUGGAACAACACCAGAGCCAAUGUUAGAGCCAGACGUCAUCGGCUCACUGGAGCAACUCUCUGUGGAACAGUCGGAAACCACCGCAGCGGAACACCACCAUGACAACCACGAGUGUUGCCAUGACCACCACCACGAGCAUGAGGUGAGCAACCAGGAAGUGGUGGAGGAGUAG